UAUAAUCCAAAUUACUAAGAUAUUAGGAUCCGUGGCAAAGUUGAAACAUCAUCGAACUGUUAUCUCCCUUUUCGCACAAGCGGAGUCUAAGGGAUUCACGCCUGAUUGCGUUACACUGAGCAUCUUGAUUAAUUGUUACUGCCAUUUGGGUCAAAUGACUUUUGCUUUCUCUUCCUUAGGCAAGAUUCUUAAGAUGGGCUAUCAGCCAAGUACGAUUACUUUGAACACACUAAUGAACGGCCUUUGCAUCAAUAAUGACGUUGGAAAAGCCUUGGAUUUUCAUGAUGAUGUGAUAGCAAAGGGUUUUCAGUUAAAUGCAGUUAGCUACGGAACACUGAUCCAUGGACUAUGCAAGAUUGGGAAAACUAGAGCUGCGGUUAAGUUGCUCCAGAAAAUGGCGAGAGGGCUGAUUAAGCCUGAUUUAGUCAUGUAUAAUGCAAUUGUUGAUGGCUUUUGCAGAGAAGGGCCAGAAGCUGCAAGAUUGUUUAAUCAAAUGAGACUUGAAGGCAUCAACGCUGAUGUUCUUACUUUUAAUAUAUUGGUUGAUGCAUUUUGUAAUGAUGGAAGUGUCACCAAAGCUGAAGCCGUAGUUGCCAUGAUGUUGAAGAGCCGCAAAAGUGCUGAUGUUGUAACUUAUAACACUUUAAUGAAAGGGUACUGUUUGAUUAAUAAUGUUAGAGAGUCACAAACACUAUUCAACAAGAUGGUCAAGAGUGGUUUGACUCCUAGUAUUUUUAGUUAUAACAUUUUGAUUAAUGGACUUUGUAAAAUCAAGAUGGUGGAUGAGGCCAUGAAUCUCUUUAAAGAAAUGCGCUGUAAAUGCUUUAUUCCUGACAUUUUCACUUACAAUUCCCUUGUCCACGGUUUGUUCAAGUCAGGUAGAAUCUCUGAUGUGCAAGAUAUUAUCUAUGAGAUGCAUGAUAGAGGUUGUGCCCCAAAUAUAGUAUUUUAUAGUACCUUGUUAGAUGGAUUGUGCAAAAGUCACCAUCUUGACCAGGCAAUUUCAUUAUUCAGGCAAAUUGUUAACCAAGGAAUUCAGCCUGAUACAUACACAUAUACCAUACUUAUUGAUGGUUUGUGCCAGGGUAACAAAUUAAAUGAUGCACGACAGAUUUUCCAACAUCUUUUGGUUAGUGGUCAUCCUUUGAAUGUCCAAGCAUAUACUGCUAUGAUCAAAGGACUUUGUAAAGAGUGUUUGUAUGACGAAGCGAAGGCUUUGCUUUAUAAAAUGCAAGAGAAUGGAUGCUCGCCUAAUUUUGUAACUUUUGAAACACUCAUUAUACCUCUUUUGGAAAAAAGUGACAAUGACGAGGCCAAGAAUCUUGUUGGCGAAAUUAUUCAGUGGAGGUCUAAUGAAAUGAUAAAAGAAGGUUAGUCACUCUGCUUCAAAUUUUAUGUGAUACUUGUGUUGAUGGAAAAAGGUGACAAAUGCACUGACUAUAUUUAUUUUUUACUUCUGUUGUUUUGUUUUGUAUUUUUUGCUUGAUAUGAGUUUGAUACAAAACACAGACUUGUUCCUAUGGAGAUAGAGAAGAUUUAGGUGAGAAUUGAACGUUGGAGAGGAGGGCAUAUGAAGAGUAAAUCCUUCAGGUCUCAUUAGAUGGGCAUAGUAAGGUUCCUAAAAUGAUGCCUAUUUAUUGUGGAGCAUGAGUAUAUUACUUCCCUUGUUGCAGU